GUUCCACGGAGCCAAGUACAAAAACGAAGAGAACAAGUACAAAGACUUCGAGGAGGAAAAGAAACUUCUGGAAGAAGAAAUUGCGGAUAAGAAGUCGAAGUGGAAAGCCGGGGGCGAUAAACUUUUACGAACAAGCCAGGAGUGGAAGGACAGGGUCAGAAAAGCACAGGAAGAAAAAUUAGUGGAUUUGCCGGAGCCGCUGCGGACACAGAUGAUCGAGCUGGUGGUGGAAAAUGCGGAGCACUUGCAUGACGAUGGGGCGGAGUUUCCGCAGCUAAAAGGGAUUCUCGCUCGCCACGUCAUCAAACCGAACCCGCAGUGGAAAGCAAUUCAGCCGUACAAAACCAACCCGCUGGACGAAAUACGGACAAAAUUUUUGCUGGAAGAGCAUAUUUUUGAAAACAAAAUCCGGCCGCUCGACCUGAGUAAAGAGCAACCCCCGCCACACACCUCGCCAACACUGGUCGCAGACAGGAAAAAUCAUCGGACGCGCCGG